ACUGCGCAUGCGCUGCGCCCGGAGCACGCAGAGCGGCAAACGGCGGUGCGUUGUGUCCCUAGGACACAGCGGAUCACCGAUCCACAGAAAGAGCCAAAGAUGUCGGCUUGGUCAUGUGAUCAGCUGUGUCCAAUCACAGCUGAUCACAUCAGUGCCACCUGUAAGUGUGCAUCAGUGCCAGCUCUCAGUGCUCAUCCAUGCCACCUGCCAGUGCCCAUCAGUGCCACAUCAAUGCCACAUAUCAGUGCCCAUCUGAGCUGCCUUUCAGUGUCACCCAUCAGUGCCAGUCAGUGCCACCUAUCAAUGCCAGUCAGUGCCACCUAUCAGUGCUGCCAAUCAGUGCCAGUCAGUGGCGCCUAUCAGUGUCAGUCAGUGCCGCCUAUCAGUGUGCAUCGGUGCCACCUAUCAGUGCUAGUCAGUGCCGCCUAUCAGUGCCAUAUAUGAGUGCUGCUUUUCAGUGCCCAUCAGUGAUGCCUGUCAAUGCCCAUCAGUG